AUGGCGGACAUUGUUGAGAUAUUUAUACAAAAGAUGAUAUGCAGUGACGAUGGUGCAGGUCAUGGCGCGAAGCAUAUCUCUGUAUCUCUGUUCCUCGCCAUUUUGACGUGCCUGUCGUUGGUCUACUCGACGGAAGAUCUAUCCAUUCGCAUUUACGGCCUCCUGUUCAUCAUCAUCGAAAUCGUCGUUUGUUCUUUAAUAGCCAUUAGGGUCUACCAUCAGUCACAACAUCGCGAUAUGUACCAGCGUUCACAGAAAGUGGGAAUACCGGAAAACUAUAGAUGGAAAAUCGCGAUGGUGAUCAAAUACCACCUCGUCAUGUCGAACGUGCUCUCGGUGAUUCCCCUGUUGUACACGAUUUCGUUGGACUGGGUGCGGAUGGGCGAUCCGUUCACGUUCGCUUCCGUGGACGUGUUGCCCAUAAAAACGACAAACGUGACUGUCUACGUUUGCAAAUAUAUCGUAUACGCUUUGCCCGCGUACUUUGCGCACUUGGAAAUCUGUUUCUUGAACGUGACGUUUAUGUAUUCCACGGGCGUCGUGAAGGGACAUUUUCAGAUACUCGAAGAACAGGUCGAAGAAGCGAUGGCAUCCCAGGACGAAAAGAAAUUAAAGAUCGCGAUCAAACACCAUCAACAGGUGUUGAAAUUUUUUGAAGAUAUGAAAACAUUAUAUGAAAAACCAUUAUUAAUAUCAAUAGAAAUUUCUACACUAUAUAUUGGCUUAUCUGGGUGUACAAUGAUUCAAGUCAUACAGGGUUUUGUUGAUCCAAUAAUAUUGGGAUUCUGUAUAGUUAGUGGUGUGGCGGGUUUCGUGACAAUUUCAGUUUAUUGCAUUUGUGCAAGCAAUAUGUAUGAUUUACACGAUGGUAUAUUGAACGCAAUUUUUGAACAUCGGUCAUGUUUUUCUCGAAACAAAUCAUUUAAACAACUUGUUUUAAUUAUGAUGACAAGAGCAACAGUACCAUUAGAAUAUAGAGUGUAUUCCAUAUACAUCAUAAACUUAAAUCUACUUGUCAGAAUUCUAAAAUUGACAUAUACGCUGUUGAAUGUUUUAUUAACUUCAGUCAAUCGCCAAUUUAAUGAAACUGCAAAAUGA